CAUGGCCUGCCUUGCUCCUUCAAAGUUCGUGAGCUGCGACGACGAGGUUGAUAAUCGUCACAAACACCAAACGUUGGCGAUCCAGAAUCUCGUGGAGAGGCUGCAAAUCGUCACAAAAAGUCCUAGGGAAAAUAAUGGAAAGGCGACGAAUAUUGACUACGACUGUGCUGAUACGCGUGAGAAGAGUUCAUCAAGUCUUGCGUUUUAUGGUGUUAAUAGUUGCAGAGAGAGAAGAGCAGCUGUUCUUGUAUGCCUCUUUCAAGGGCGCGAUGGAAAACUACGCGUAAUUCUCACCAAGAGAUCCAUGAAUUUGUCUACUCAUCCAGGAGAAGUGGCAUUACCGGGUGGGAGGAUGGAUGAAGAAGACGCAGACGAUUCCGCCACAGCUCUGAGAGAAGCAAAGGAAGAGAUAGGAUUACAUCCCAGUCUUGUACACAUCGUCGCAAAUCUAAAUCCUUUCAUUUCACUGCAUCUACUUACAGUUGUGCCAGUAGUGGGGCUAUUGGCUAAAGUUGAAGAAUUCAAGCCAGUACUCAAUAGCGACGAAGUUGAUGCUAUCUUUGAUGUCCCUUUGGAGAUGUUUCUUGAGGAGGGUGAUAUUCAUACAAGAGUGGAGAAGGAAUGGGAAGGAUGGAAAUAUGUUUGUGACAGAUUUGAGCAUCAAACUUCAGAGAAAGAGAGAUAUGUGAUCGGAGGUUUAACGGCGAGCAUUUUGAUGCAUGUGGCAUCCCUCAUCUACCGCCGCCGCACGCCGCCGCUCAUUCAACAUAAUCUCCCAAACUUUACCCAACUCCAAUUCAUGUUGAAAGCUAACUCCGAUCCAUUAUCAACCCUAUCAUUAAUUCAUUAACAAUAUAAUCCUCUCAAAUUAUUCGUCCCAUCCACUCAUUAUACAACUAGGAAUUGAAACAAUUUAUGCUAAGUGUUUAUGUUUUGCAAAAUUAUUGUACAUUGUGUUUUGUUAAGGGUACAAGAGAUGGUGCGCAAACAACAGAGUAUACCCACGGCAUAGUACUGUAUUAUGUCACCUAUUAAAUGAUUUGUGUUUGGAAUACUAAACAAU